AUGGUUUGUGGCCGCAAGCUCAUCUGCGACGCGCGGAACACUGCCAUACUAGCAAAUCACGACGUUGCAGGCUAUGGACUCGUUCAGGUUCUUGUGUCGUUUGUACUCUCGGCUCUGCUUACAGUCGGAGCUGUGAUAUGUGCGUAUCUUUCGGAUUCAAUGCCCGAAAAGUACCUUAGCAAAACGGACGAGGCCUUCAUCAAAGAGUUCCAGCGUAUCAAGAAGAAUCUGCCAUUCCGCCUUUUGCCCGCCAAGUUACGUCCACCACCUACUGAACGACAGGGAAAGCUCAGUCGGGAGAAACGUGUGGAAGCAUUCGACCGCUUCAUAUUGUCCUUGAGCGACCAAUAG